UUAGUCUUUUUUUUUUUUUUCUUGUGUAAUAUUUUGGGAGAAAAUGACCCUUGCCCUCUUGACUUCCGUCAUGUGUUUCCGGUUGUUUUGAUUUUCCCGCCGUACGGGCUUUCUGUCAUCCGUUCCGGGCUGUUAUAUUUCUGUUCCUAAUGUGGUUUAAUUAAUACGUUUAAUCAAUAUGAGUUCUUCAAACAGCUACAUUAGCUCUUUGGAGCCUAAUGACCGAACCAGGUAUUUUGAGAAAUUAAUGGUAAGUGUCGAAGACGCCGGCGAUAGUUCAAACCCGGAAGUGACUGGUUCGGCGGUGACUGGUGACGGUGUACGCCUACCUGACCCAUACAGUCUGACAGGUUGGAAGGAUGAUUUGAGCCUCUGGCCAGAUACGGACUAUGGGUGCAUCUACACCUACCUAAUCGAGGCUCCAGGUCCGUUUAACGGAGAAGCCAUGAAAGCCUAUAAAUCCCUGGAGGCGUACAAUCUCUUUAUAAGUGGCCAUGUGAGGGAGUGCAGGUACCACCCUAUUGGAAAAAAUGUGAAGGUCUGCUUCCUUAAGGCCAAGGUUGUGCCAGGACAGAGAGUAACAGAGACUCCUCACAACCCAUGGGUGUGUUUGACCAAAAAAGAGGGUUAUGUCAUGGCAGCUCACUGCACUUGUAUGGCAGGAUUGGGAGAGGUCUGCAGCCAUGUGGCUGCACUGCUGUUCGCAGUGGAGGCCUCCAGGUCUCUUCAGGAAAAACGGACGUCAUGCACCAGCAGAAAGGCCGUGUGGAACAAAUAUUACAAAGAUAAGGUUGAUCCACAAAGGGCUGAGGACAUGGACUUUUCGCACCCUAAACAUGGAGUCCAGAUCAAGAAGGCGCGCCGGAAGCCGCAGUGUGAUGUGCCACCACUCAGUGAAGAAGAGGCCGCUUCUGCUUUCUCACAACUGAGGAAGCUGUGUCCCACUGCCAGUGCUGUCAUUAAAGAGGAGGAGGACACAGACACAGCAUCAGAAGAUGAGUCAGAUGUCAACACAGAGACGCUUCCCCCUGUGGUAUACAGGUCUUGUCAUCCAGCCAAAGUCCCUGUUACUAGUGUUAGUGUAGACAGCAUCCUUGAGGAUGUUCGGUGCAACCCCGAGCAAAUCACAAACCUCAACAAAGCUACAGUGGGGCAGUCCAAGUCUGCUUUAUGGCGUCAGCAACGCAAGGGUCGUGUGACUUCUACAUCCAUGCAUGAUGUCCUUCAUGCAUCAAACCCCACCACUGCAGUACGGAAGGUCAUGCAAUAUGACUGCAAGGAUUUGAGCCAAGUUCCAGCUAUACAAUGGGGGAUGAAACAGGAGGAGAAGGCAAGGCAACAGUACCUGGAAGCUACCUUGUGCAUCUGCAAGGAUGUGAAAUUGGAGGAAGUGGGGCUCAUUCUCUACAAGGAUUUUCCCUUCAUAGGUGCAUCUCCUGAUGGGAUGAGACAGUGUUCAUGCCAUGGAAGAACUGUGAUUGAGAUCAAGUGCCCAUACAAGUACAGGGACAUCUAUCCUGCUGCAGAUCUGUGUCUAUCAGAUGCCAACUACUGUUUAGAUAAGGAUUGUAAGCUAAAGACAGGGCACAGAUAUUACACCCAAGUCCAGACACAUAUGCUGGUUACCGGUGUCUCAACAUGUGAUUUUGUAGUGUGGACUAAUGCAGGCAAAUUUUUUGGGAAGAUUGCGCUUUACGGUUUCCUUGGACGGCCAAUGAAUCAGGAACUUUAG